GCUCCACCGACUUCUUCCUCUUCCCCUGUCCUCCUAAUGGCGCCCGGUGUAACUCCCCCCACCACCGCACCCAAGCUCGAAACCGGCCCCGUCCACCCCGGCCGGGUCCGCGUCCUCAAGCCCGGCUCCCCCUCCUCCCCCGCGGGCCCCGUGGUCUACUGGAUGUUCCGCGACCAGCGAUCCCGCGACAACUGGGCCCUCCUCUACGCCGCCCACCUCGCCGCCCGCUCCGCCGCCCCCGUCGCCGUCGCCUUCAACCUCUUCCACCCCCGCUUCCUCGGCGCCCACGCCCGCCAGCUCGCGUUCAUGCUCCGCUCCCUCCGCCUCCUCCGCCGCCGCCUCCACUCCCUCGGCCUCCCCUUUUUCCUCCUCCGCGGCGACCCCGCCCACACCCUCCCCGCCCUCCUCCGCCGCCUCGCCGCCUCCACCCUCGUCGCCGACUUCUCCCCCCUCCGCCCCGUCCGCGCGGCCGUCGCCGACAUCUGCGACCGCGUCGGCCCGGAGGUUGCCGUCCACCAGGUCGACGCCCACAACGUCGUCCCCGUCUGGGCCGCCUCCGAUAAAUUGGAAUACAGUGCCAAGACUAUCCGCCCCAAGAUCCAUCGCCUUCUCCCCGAGUACCUCGUAGAGUUCCCGGAACUCCCGCUUCCCGCCGUCCCAUGGACGGCCGACGAUCCGCCGGAGAUUGACUGGGGCGAGCUCAUCGCCGAAGUCCUCAGAAUUCCUGAACUUGGAGGUGAUUUGGGUGUUAGGGAAGCAGGGGAGGUGCCGGAGAUCGAGUGGUGCGAGCCGGGGGAGGAUCCGGCGAUGGAGGUGUUGAUGGGGAACAAGGAUGGGUUCCUGACGAGGAGGUUAAAGAACUAUGAGACCGACCGGAAUGAUCCGUUGAAGCCAAAGGGGUCGUCUGGCCUCUCUCCUUACCUACACUUUGGGCAAAUCUCAGCCCAGCGUUGUGCUCUGGAGGCACAAGCACACAGGAAAUCUUGUCCCAAGUCAGUUGAUGCAUUCUUGGAGGAGUUGCUCGUGCGAAGGGAACUUGCAGACAACUUUUGCUACUAUCAGCCUCAGUACGACUCAUUGCAAGGUGCAUGGGAAUGGGCUCGCAAGACCUUAAUGGACCAUUCUGCAGAUGAAAGAGAGCAUCUCUACACGAAGGAACAACUGGAGCAAGCAAGAACUGCAGAUCCUCUAUGGAAUGCAUCACAACUGGAGAUGGUCCAUUAUGGAAAAAUGCAUGGAUUCAUGCGGAUGUACUGGGCCAAAAAGAUUCUUGAGUGGACAAGCAGCCCUGAAGAAGCACUUUCAAUAGCAAUAUAUCUAAAUGACAAGUACGAGAUAGAUGGCAGAGAUCCAAAUGGUUAUGUUGGUUGCAUGUGGUCCAUAUGUGGCAUCCACGAUCAGGGCUGGAAAGAGAGACCAGUGUUUGGGAAAAUACGUUACAUGAACUAUGCAGGCUGCAAAAGAAAAUUCAAUGUGGAUGUCUACAUAGCCUAUGUAAAAAGGCUGGUAACCGAAACAAAGAAAAGGAAAUCAGAAAGCCCAUCAAGUUUGAUACCCAAACAUUCAAAGAUCAUAAAAUCUGAAUAAAAUAAUUUGAAGGUGGAAUGGGCAAAUGGCUGAUACCAUCCCACAGCUUGGCAUUUCGCAAGAGCACCUUGAAGUCCUGAAGCAUGACACCUCUACAUAGAUUUAUUUUGAUGGUGUGGGACUUGCUCUUCUCAUGUCCAUGUAGUCAAUCUAGGUUGACUAUUUCAGGAACAGAUAUCUGAUGACAGCUCCAUCAUGAUUGCGUGAUUUAUGGAAAUGCAGAUUCAGCUUGUAGAUUAUCUGAUAUCUAGGACAAACUUUUCUUCAAAUAUAUAUAUAUAGGACAGACUUGAGAGUGAUGACUAACAUAUUUUAUGUUAACUUGGAAUGCAAAGAUAUCUCCUAAAUUUCUUGUCUUUGUACAUUUCACAGGAUGGUAUGUCAUAUUGCUAUUAGCAAAUAAAUCUUCACUAUUCUGAUCA